AUCGGCCCAUACGUCACGGGAUCACUCUCGAGGCUGGUGCCAUCCCUCCGGGUGGAUGUAUCUACCGCAUGAGCGAAGAGGAACUCGAGGUACUUCGCGCACAACUCAAUGACCUUCUCGACAAGGGCUGGAUUCGCCCUAGUUGCUCGCCAUACGGUGCCCCUGUUCUCUUCGUCCGGAAGAAGAACAAAGACCUACGGUUAUGCAUCGAUUAUCGGAAACUUAACACACAAACCGUAAAGAACGCCGGCCCUCUCCCUCGGAUUGAUGAUCUUCUUGAGCGGUUAGGCGGCGCGACGUACUUCUCGAAGUUGGACUUGAAGUCAGGAUACCACCAGAUUGAAAUCCAKCCUCAAGACCGGUACAAGACCACGUUCAAGACGCGGUACGGGCAUUUUGAGUGGGUUGUCAUGCCCUUUGGCCUCACCAAUGCCCCCGCGAUUUUCCAAGCAGCAAUAACGACUGAGUUUCACGACUUGCUCGAUCGCAGCGUCCUCAUCUACCUUGAUGACAUCUUGGUUUACAGUAGGACGGUGGACGAGCACAUCGUACACCUUCGCGUUGUUUUGAAACAUUUGCGACUAGCCAAGUACAAAGCGAAUCUCGACAAGUGCCAAUUCGCCAAGCAAGAGCUUGAGUACUUAGGUCAUUUUAUCACGCCGAAAGGCAUUCGUCCCUUAGCGGACAAGAUCCAAGCCAUCGUGGAUUGGCCGGAACCCCGUUCUUUUGACUACUGUUCCCAGGGCCAAGGCAGUGAAAGUGCAUGCUCUUCAAUUCUUGAUCAGGAUCGAGCUAACUUAUGCGAGUUUAAGGCGAUGUGCAUACCAUCGAAAUGCGAUCAAAAUGACGACUGUUGCCGGAUGAAUUAUGAAGACGAUUGCCGAGAUACUGCUUUCGCAUGUGAUUGGAUUGAGCAAUGCACUCCAAUUGUUGACAUGUGCAGAUUGAAAAAUGCAAAAGAAGACUGCAGGCGGCUAUAUGGUUGUGUUUGGGUCGCCGCAACAAGUUCUUGUUAUAAUGCAAAGGCGGAACGUCAGCGGCUGGCCAAUGAGGCGGCAGCCCAAGCUCAGCGGACUGUUGAGGCUGACACCGUGGUACGAGAAAAGCGGAACGCCAUUAGCAUCGAAUCCCUGACUGUGAAUGAGAGCCAGUGGACGACACUGCUCCAAGGCAUGCUGUUUGUGCCUUCGGAUACACAGGCGGAUCCGACACCGGCGGAGGAAGAAAGGAGCRACCUGGCUAACCUKAUGUUGAACAUGAUGCGAGCGGUCAUGUGGAAYAAUACGAUGUUAAUGGUGCAAAUACACGAGGGCAGACAGCUGCGACAGAUCCAGCAGAAUGAUUCUGCAGCCUUAACAGYUGCUGUUYGCGCGGCYGCCACACAUCAGCAACAACAGCAACAGCUGUUGAGCACCACCACCGCACGCGUCAACAGCAUCGAGGCUAAGGCCUCAGCAGCGCCAGGCUGCACGACGGACACGGCGAAACAGCUCAACGAGCGCAUCGACCAUGUCGUCAGUUUAAUCGGCAAACUCAGUGAUUUCACCGGUCCGGCUACAAUCAGCAGCACGGUGGCCGCCAUCAAGACAGACAUCACCAAGCUGCAGUCACAACCGGCAGCAGCUGCGAAGGUAUACAAGAUGCCACGGUUCAACAUCGGCAAGUUUGAGGACUACAACAAGACCGACGCGUUGACAUGGUGGCAAGCCUUCCUCACGGAAGCAUCAUGCCACAAGGUCCCAACCGAAGACAUGAUGAAGGCCAUAUACUUCCAACUCAUUGGAGGGGCACAAGCAUGGAUGAACCACCUCGCAGUCAACAAGAAGACCACGAUCGCCGAGCUACACAAACACCUCACGUGGGAGGAGUUUGAACAAUUGUGGUUCACUCGAUUCAUGGUCCGCAACGUGGUGAAGGCGGCCAUGAACGAGGUCUACACAUGCUCACAAGGAAGCAUGCCAACUCGAGACAAGACAAUUAAGUGGCAAAAGAUAGUGACCACGCCAGGCUUCGAUUUGAGCUUUACAAACCAACGAUCCGAGUUCUUCUCGCGAUCGUGCGCAGGACUGCGAACCGCACUCGGCAACGAGUACGAUUACGCCUCAUUCCAGCCCAUCCUGGAUCGUGCGAACUUGGUCAUCCAAACGGAUGACAAGGCCGCAAACGAACGGCAGUCCCAGCCGCAUUAUGUGGCUAAGCAGGGCUAUCAACGACCGACACAUAACAAUGCCGUGAUUUCGGAAGAAACAGUCGAUCUCCACGCUGCAGCAGCAUCCUCGAAUGAUGGAGGAAUUGUAGCAGCGCUCCCGCCGAAGCGUCCGAAGAGAGUUCGGAAGAACAAGGCGACACAGGAGACGACAUCGACGGGAACUGGGCAGCAGCCAUGGACCGCAUACAAGAUAACCAAGGAAAUCUAUGACCUUCGUCAACGAAUUCGAGACGCCAUAGCUCGGAAUGACGUCGAGGAGAUGGGCCUUGUAUUCUUGCAUGCUCUCCCCUUGCCGGACGGACCAGUCACGUCACCGCCGGACCCACGCAUCACUCACCUCUUGGACGAGUAUGGAGACGUCUUCGAGGCUCCCACCGGAACGGUUCCGGAUCGGCCCAUACGUCAUGGGAUCACUCUCGAGGCUGGCGCCGUCCCUCCGCGUGGAUGUAUCUACCGCAUGAGCGAAAAGGAACUCGAGGUGCUUCGCGCACAACUCGACGACCUUCUCGACAAGGGCUGGAUUCGCCCUAGUUGCUCGCCAUACGGUGCCCCUGUUCUCUUCGUCCGGAAGAAGAACAAAGAUCUACGGUUAUGCAUUGAUUAUCUCAAACUUAACGCACAAACCGUAAAGAACGCCGGCCCUCUCCCUCGGAUUGAUGAUCUUCUUGAGCGGUUAGGCGGCGCGACGUACUUCUCGAAGUUGGACUUGAAGUCAGGCUACCACCAUAUUGAAAUCCAGCCUCAAGACCGGUACAAGACCGCGUUCAAGACACGGUACUGGCAUUUUGAGUGGGUUGUCAUGCCUUUUGGCCUCACCAAUGCCCCCACGACUUUUCAAGCAGCUAUGAUAACUGAGUUUCGCGACUUGCUCGAUCGCAGCAUCCUUAUCUACCUCGAUGACAUCUUGGUCUAUAGCAGGACGUUGGACGAGCACAUCACACACCUUCACGCUGUUUUGUAUCGUUUGCGACUGGCCAAGUGCAAAGCGAACCGCGACAAGUGCGAGUUCGCCAAGCAGGAGCUUGAAUAUUUGGGCCACUAUGUUACGCCAAAAAGGCAUUCGUCCCUUAGCGGACAAGAUCCAAGCCAUCGUGGAUUAGCCGGAACCCCGUUGCACGACGAAUAUUCUGCGCCGUCUUCCGCCCCACAGGUCCCCAAGGGUGUACAGUCUGUUUUGCACCCAUGUUAGCCAAUGGGAAUUCACAGCCAGGGAGACGGGCUUCCUGCCACUGUCGCAAAUGAACCGGUUCCCAAACA